UUUCAGUAGACAUGUGACAAAUUAGUAAUUUUUUACAAUGUGUAUAAAAAGCGUGUAUCGAAAUCGUGCUUGUAACGUUUUUAUGAUGAAUGUGGAAUGUUUAGGCUUGUUUCUGAUCACUAUAGGUGCCUUAACGGGUGUAAACGUCUGUUUGUCACAAAGAGAUGGCUCACGUGUUUCAAAAAAGUUUUCUGCGCCAUCUAAAGUGAUUGACUAUCAGCAACCAGUUGUCAAUAUCAAAAGUGGCAUGACAAUAGUUGGAAGAGUAAAUAAAACUGUUGACGAGCAGAAAACCUAUUUUACAUUUCGGGCGAUACCGUUUGCUUUACCUCCAAUCAAAGAGCUUCGAUUUAAGCCACCAGUUGCCUUGCCAGGAAAUCUUUCAGAUCAGUUAGUGAAUGCGACCCGAGACGCAGCCAGAUGUAUUGAGUUCAAUUCAACUGGAGGUUCUGAAGACUGCCUGUAUCUGAACGUCUACACACCUCAGUUUAAAAAUUCCUCAAAGCUGCGUCCUGUAAUGGUAUGGAUUUAUGGUGGUGCAUUUAUUGUGGGUAACAGCGACUAUUCAUCUUAUGGACCAGAUUACCUAAUUAAUCAAGAUGUGAUCGUCGUAACCUUUAACUACCGUUUAGGAAUUUUCGGGUUCCUAAGUACAGAAGAUUACGCUUCUCCGGGCAAUUAUGGGUUAAAAGAUCAGAUAAUGGCUUUGCGAUGGGUUCAAGAAAAUAUCGAAUAUUUUGGUGGUAAUUGUAGUAAAGUCACACUUUUUGGCGAAAGUGCCGGAUCAGCUUCAGUUUCGUAUUUGACGCAGACCCCAUUAACAAAGGGACUUUUCCAACGUGCGAUUAUGGAAAGCGGAACCUCACUGAAUUCCUGGGCAUUAACACUAAAUGGUAGGCUCAUAACGCUUCGUAUCGCCAAUAUACUUCGGAUAAAUACACACAGUUCUCUAGCAAUAGUAGAAGGUCUGAAAAAAGUGAACGCCGCCAAGCUACAGGAAGCAACGCUUUCAUCUUUUCUUGAUGAUACGUUAGAGGACAAUCUAUUAAAUGGAUUACCAUUUGGUCCAACUAUCGAACCAAUACAUCCAGGUGCAGUUGUAGUUAAUUACAGUUACGAACAACUUCAAAAUGGUUUACUCCAUAACAUCCCUUACAUUAUUGGAUAUAAUUCAUUAGAAGGCAUACCGUUUGUUGACAUGCUAAAUCGCAUUCGUUGGUAUCUGAUACAAUAUGAUCUGGCCCCAACUCGUUUAGUACCGGCAAGUAUGAAUGUGUAUGACUCCCCAACAAAAGUGAACGUGAGCUUAAUAAUCAAACAUCAUUACUAUGGAAAAACGCCAAUAACCUUAUCAGAAGAUUCUUUACUGCAGUUUACCAGUGAUGAUCAAUUUGUGAGACCCAUUUUGGAAGCAGCUACGCUAUAUUCUCAAAGCGCCCCAGUAUACUUGUACAAGUUCUCCUACCAAGGUUCCUUGGGUUCGGGAAAAAGAAAACAACGCGGUGUUGGGCAUGCUGAAGAAUUGCCUUAUAUAUGGAGAAUUGCCAAUAAUUAUAAUAAAGUUACCCCCCGCGAUAUAGUAACCAGAAAACGUAUGGUGACUUUAUGGACUAACUUCGCUAAGUAUGGGAACCCCACUCCAGCUCCUGAUACGUUACUUCAAAAUGUCAGUUGGCCUAUAGCGCACGAAAAUGAAUUUAGCCUGAGAUAUUUGAACAUUAAUGUGACAUUAAACGCUUCAGCAGAUCCUAAUUGGAAAUCGUUUUUGUUUUGGACAGAUUUAUUUAAGAAAUAUGGAAAUCCUCCAUUUGUCACUUAUUAAUCUCCACCGUGGAUAACUGCACAUACUUGUAUUAAUCUAUGAAUAUACUUGAAGCAUCUCCUA